UACAACACUAAAGCCCGUCGGUAGUCUUUGUUUGAAGCCUGGGAUUUCUUUAGCGCGAAACCAGCUAGCAAGCGCCACAUUUGUUUCUGAUUAUUUUCUUGCAAAAAUGGAUAAAGUAGAAAUGAUGAGAGCGUUGCUGAACGCACGACUGAGUGCGGCCGUGGAAGAAAUUGCUGUAGUGUUUGCAAGCACCAUAACACAGUACGAGGAAGAACUUUGUCGUUCAAAAGCAGAGAACGAGAGACAACGUCAACAGCUGGAUUCCGUCUACAGGCCAAGAAAUGAAGCACCAACAGCAGGGCAAACAACGCAAAUACGCGAAUACGUGAAUAGCAAAGACAACAAUGAAGUUCUCCCACUUGAACAACAGCAAUAUAACUCUAUGGUGGAACAGCACGAACCUGAGCCCGCCAAAUAUGAAGUAGAAGAGUGGGCUGCUCCCUGCACCUUUACAAAGGAAGAGCCUCUUCAACAGUUUGAGUUGCCUUAUUCGCAUGUCAUCUUGAAGAAUGAAUAUCAAAAAAACAAAAGUCGCAGUGAGGAUAAUGCAAGCAGCAGCUCAAGUCAACACGUGACAACAGACGGUGAUGGAGGCUACUGUGGAGCAUUGCAAGCAGACAGCCGACCCCCUCCACUAUCACACGCUUGCUCUGCUGCCCCUGAUGAUGAACACACAAGAGAUAAAUAUCUUCCUCCAGAGCAGCAGGAAAACCAAUCCACAACAGGCUUCACCUUGAGCCCCAAACCAGCAACGGCGGAGUGUAGCUCACCCACUGCGCUUAUGAAGAUGAUCAGUAUAGAAAAUGGAUGGACAGAAGAGGAGCACAAGUGGAACGUCUGUUUCAAGCAGGAGGAGAAAACCAACCGUAUCAUCGACUGUCCUCCAGCUGGUAAUAAUGAGGACGUGGUUUGUAAAUCACAGGUUCAUCUUAAGCAACAUGAGGAGAACAGAUCGGCCGAGCCUCCAAGUCCACUUGAAACUUGUGGCGAACUCUCAAAAGGUGAUGUGACAUGUCACCCCGACAACACACACUGGAAAUGUUCUCAGUGUGGGGAAACCUUUGGUGCCAAGAAGAAUUUGAGAAGUCACAUGAUGGUCCACUCGGGCGAGAAACAUCGCCUCUUAGUAAGAACUGAAACACAUUUAGUAACAGACACAGGAGAAAACACUACAGAGGAACAAGAUUCAUCUUUGAGUGAUCAGUCCACAGUGAUAGAUGGCAAGAAAGUGCAGACUUCUAAAAAAGGGUUCAAGUGCUCAGUGUGCAGUCACAGAUUUUCAUUCAAGUGCAAUUUGUUGACCCACAUGCGAGUACACACUGGAGAGAAACCUUUUUCCUGCUCAGUGUGCGGUCACAUAUUUUCAAUCAAGUCCAAUUUGUUGACCCAUAUGCGAGUACACACUGGAGAGAAACCUUUUGCCUGCUCAAUGUGCGGUAUGAGAUUCAGUCAAAAAGCCAGUGUGACACAUCACAUCCGAACACACACCGGUGAGAGACCGUUCUCCUGUUCGGUGUGCAAAAUAAGUUUUGCUCAUCCAGUGUCACUCGUGAGGCACAUGAGGAUACACACUGGCGAACAGUUUGUCUGUCCUGAUUGUGGUCUAAAAUUCCUUCAAAAAUGGAACUUGAGAAAUCAUAAAUGCACGGGUUCAGCCCAAGGAAGGAAAAAAAAAUCUUGAUGUAGAAUGAAUAGUGAACACUGAACAUUGUUAUCAUGGUUAUGUUGUGUCCAGGAUAGGAUUUUAAUAUUGUGAGGUAAAAGUUUUCGAAAAGCUACACUGUAAAAUGUAUGCUAUUUUUACACUGAAAAUAAAUAUUGAAAUAAUCUUGA